UCUUUAUAUGAACAAAAAAAUUCAAUGUUUCAAACAAAGUAAUUUAAUGAAGAAUUAAAUAUCUGUUGACCACUAAACUGUUUUUUUUUUUUUUAUUUAAAGACAAAACAAAUCCCUCGUCGGGGCUUUUAAAUGCAACGACCACCAAAGUCUCUCUUUCUCUAUCUCUCAGCUUCGAAACUCCAUCACGCCAUGGAAGGAGAAACUCUACAAGUCUCCUCCUUUAAUUCUCUCUUCUCCUGUUUCAUCUCUCUCUAUAGUCUUAUUCUUAUCUAUUUCCCUAAUGAUUUGCUUCGAAUCUUUCUCUCCCCUGUUCUUCUCAUCUCCGGAGCUCUUCUCCUCUCUCUUCUCCGCCUCGGGUCGACCCGAGAAUCUAACACCCGACCCGAGAAAAGCUACGAGAUUCUCAAGGAAGCUGAAGAACCUAAUGUUUUUCUGGUUCGUGAUUCCGAUUUGAUGGGUGAUUUUGUGGAAUGGAACUUGAGAGCUCCAUUGGAAGUGAUUCACGAAGCCUACGAAGAAGAAGAAGAAGAGGAUCCGAAUGAAAAAGAUCCGACCCGGUUUAGAAAAAUCGAGAGAUACCCAUCUUUGUCACUCUGUUACCCAGAAUCGGAUUCUGCCUCCUCGUCUGAAUUCAAUUUCCCGGAGAUCGGUGACUGGAACUCAGCGGAAGAUAUAGGAUUCAGAUGGGAAGAGGAGGAUGAUGACGGUGGAAUUGGAGGCGAAGGUUUGAUUGAGAUUAAGCUCGAUGAGUAUAAUCAUCGUAGCCAUAAUAGCAAGAUGAUGAAUAAAUGGAAACAAACAGAGAUUGAUUUUCAUGGAGAGGACGAUGGUUUGAUCGAGAUCGAUCUUUUUCCAUGAAGAAGAAGAAGAAGAUGAUCUCUUUCUCUCUAUGCUUCCUCAAGUUCCAUUAAGCAUUUUUCCGAUUAGAAAGAAAAAAAAACGAAAGCAACAGUUAAUGGUUGUUAAUUUUCUUUACUAAUACCAUUUGUGUAUAUAUAUUAUACGAGGAUAAUUCAAUUUUCAACUUCUACACAA